AUGUCUCAGGAUCGACCUUGUCAACGCUGCAUCAAGAGAAACAUCGGCCACCUGUGUCAUGACGAACCUAGAGAAGGCCAUGGAUACCACAAGAAGUCCAAAGGCGACGCAGAUGUCGCCGUGGCAGGAGACGAACAGUCGCCUGCCAAAGAUGAAUAUCCCACGGCCCAAAAUUUGCAAGCACCUGCGCCGAUGGACAACCCUGACCACACUCUCCUGCAAGAUGACAAUAUGGGACUGAGACCGCCCACGAAUGAGACCCUGGCUGUCGCCAAUCCAGGUCCUACGACUCAGACCGCAGGUAUUAAUGGCAAUACUCAAGGCCACUUUGGAUAUAAUGACCCAUGGCUGGGAGUGCAGAGCCGCUUCCAGGACAUGCACGCUUUCCAUCCCAGCUACAUCUUCAAUGCGAACGAGGUCACGGACGAGUACAACUUACUCAGCGAUUUUCUAAGUACCAGUCUCCUUGAAGAAACGGGAAUGUAUUCGGCCGAAGAAUUUCAAGGCCACCUCAAUGACCCGUCCUUUAUGAAUUCCAUGGCCGCUUCGGCCUUUCCCCCACUCGCACUUGACGCGAUGGUCCCCCAGAACCGCCCAAAUGGUGGACUAAGCACCAACCCGAGCAACGCCGCUCAAGCUGCGAUGAUCUCCAGGCCAUCUAGCGUCAAGCCAAUUUCAGACAAGGCGCGUGAGAAGUAUUACAUGAUGGCAGCAGAUCCCACAGGCGCCGAGCCUCCGGAGGAACGGAUGAACAAGCUGCUGAAGGCCAAAUACGAUGCCGGGAUGCUCAGGCCAUUCAACUAUGUCAAUGGCUACGCUAGACUCAACAAAUACAUGGAGAAGCAUAUGAAGCAAUCGUCUCGACAUAAAAUACUGAUGCAGCUAGAUCAGUUCAGACCCAAGUUUAGGGAACGAAUGCAGAGCUUAACAGAUAUUGAGCUAGUCCUCGUCGAGAUGUGGUUCGAAAGGAGUCUGAUGGAGUACGACCGGAUCUUUGCUAGCAUGGCCAUUCCGGCAUGCUGUUGGAGGAGAACCGGCGAGAUCUUCAGGGGGAAUAAGGAAAUGGCGGAGCUGAUACAGGUCCCCAUCGAAUCGUUGCGUGAUGGCAAACUUGCCAUACAUGAAAUCAUCGUCGAGGAUCAACUAGUCAGCUACUGGGAGAAGUUCUGCGCCAUCUGCUUUGACCAGCAGCAGAAGGCAAUGCUGACCAGCUGUACAUUGCGGAGCCCGAAAGAGGGCUCCGACGCCGAAAUACCGUGCUGCUUUUCCUUCACUAUUCGAAGAGACAACCAUAACAUCCCAUCGUUAAUCGUGGGCAAUUUUCUGCCCAUGAACCCUGUCAAGCAUUGA